AGAAAUCCACUUCAAAACGAGCGAUUUAGUCGGAGCAUUUUUGAAAAGUAUAAAAUCCGAGAGCAGCGAGAAAGAAACUGUUCUAGCUCUGAAAGGUGCGCACAUUCCCCUCAUCUUUUUGCGUCUUUUUGGACUAUUCGCCAACCCACCAUUCAGCUCUUGCCAUGACGGUGGUUACCAACCCCACAAACACAGUCUACGACGCCGUCUUCCAGCCCAUUAAGCGCACAAUCAAUGACUCUGAAUCUGAAGCCUCCAAGGUGGCAGCCAUCCAUACCCUCGCGACAGUUACAUUCUACGGCGGCGCUUCACUUGACGAAACCCAAAACACCGUGGAAUACUAUCUCGAAAUUAUCGAAUCCGACGGACAUUCGAUAGGCGCAGGCGACAGCGAAGCGGUUGUCACAGCGGCGCUGGAAGAAUGGGGGUUCCUCGCAACGCAGCUCGAAGACAUGGAAGAUCUCAGCGAACCUGCAAUGGAAGCAUUCGUCGAGCAACUCGAUAGCUCUUACCCCAGAGUUCAAAUCGCCGCAGGCGAAAAUAUUGCGCUGCUCUACGAGAAGAGUUACACGGAACUCGAAGAAGACGAAGAAGCGGAAAGCGACGACGAUGGCGCUGAAUCCGACCCGGAAGACGAGCGUCUCCCCGGCGCUCCAAAGAUGGUCAAGCGCUACACGGUGUACAGACGAGAAGAUCAACUCAAGCAUAAACUCUCCGCCUUAGCGACACUCUCCUCGCAUCGAUUGUCCAAAAAGGACAAGAAAUCGCUACAUACAAAUUUUGCAGACAUUCUCAAUUCCGUCGAGAACCCGACGCGCGGACCUCGCUAUCAGAACGCAGUCUCACAAGAAACCGGCAAGCGGUACGGAAACCGAAUGGCAGUGCGCAUUCACCGUACAGGCAUCAUGAAGAUUGAUCAGUGGUGGAAACUACAUCGACUCCAGGCUCUCCGGCGGAUACUCCAAGGAGGCUUCAUCAGCCAUUACGAGAAGAACGAAGUAAUAUUUGAUAGUCUACCGUACGUGCUAGCGACCCGAUGAUACCCCGGAUUUUGUUUUGGUCGUCCUCUACGCCGCGUUUUUUGAGUUGAAUUGAGAUUUUGUGUCAUUUAUUCUGGACCGCAUUUUCAAGGUUUUACUCUUAUGGCUAUUAUGAUCAGCAGCGGGUAAUGAAUAAGUACGAAAUAAUGGAAUAAUUUGGAAGGGAAUCUCUCAGCUCCUGUUAUUGGUCGUCCCUUUUCACAGCACGAGCU